UUGCAUCUCUGUUCGAUCCAAAUACCCCAAUCAAAGCACCAUGUUUGAAGAGCUACGACGACUAAACAAGAGACAGGUCGCGCUUCAGGUGCUCAAUAUACUAAUGGUCCUUACAUCGGCACUGAUGAUCUGGAAAGGUCUCGCCUUGGCCACAAAUAGCGAAAGCCCCAUUGUUGUAGUGUUGAGUGGAAGUAUGGAACCAGCUUUCCACCGUGGCGACCUUUUACUUCUUGCCAACCCAGCUAGCCAACCUGUCCAAGUUGGCGAUAUAUGUGUUUUCCAAAUUCCACAUCGAGAUAUUCCAAUCGUACAUCGAGUCAUCAAGCUUCACGACGAAGCAAAGACGGGCAAACAAUUUUUGCUGACCAAAGGAGACAAUAACAACGUAGAUGAUCGUGGAUUAUACAACGCUCGACAAAUGUGGAUUAACAAAGAACAUGUGGUUGGAAGAGUUCGAGGCUUCAUGCCAUAUGUUGGAAUGGUGACGAUAUUAAUGAACGACUACCCACAACUCAAAUAUGUGAUGUUAGGAGUGUUAGGACUCUUUGUGCUGAUUCAUAGAGAAUAAGUUUGAGAUAGCAAUAAAGAAUACACGUGGGUCAAAGUGUAUGAUGAUGAUGGAAGUUCGGCAAUUUUGGCAAGAUUGAA